AUGGACGCGCUCUUGCAAACGCUAGGGGCCCAGACCUUCAAUUACGCCAUCAGGACUGGGAUCGCCCUUACCUCCAGAUAUGCAGUCCAGCAAUGUUCACGCCUCGUGAAGUCAGUCAAUGACAAGGCAGUUCGAGCCGAGCUCAAGGAGUUACAGAAGCUUCUUGACAGCAAGAUCAAGAUUCUGUCUCCGGCUCUAGACCUGAUCGAGUUCAAAUCCGGCCGAGGGAAUGUCUUUCUGGAAUCAGCAGUGCCCCUCGCCAAAUCGCUUCGCCGGGAAAUCGCCAGCCUUGGAAAGCGGCUUGAGAAUGCUGCCAUUGCUGAGGAGGAUGCUGUCGACGGGGCCCGAAGGGCCCGAAUGUCGGAAGCACGCCAUGCCGAGUUGUUGCUCAUCAUCAGACACAUCAAGGACCUUCUCGGGCGGAUCGACAGGGACAUCCCUCUCCUCCAGCUCGCCAUUACUGCGUCGGGUGAGAAGAUGUCGACGAGGAUGACGCCGGGUAUCUCGCCUUCGAGGAUGAUGCAGGCUAGUGCUCUGCUCUCCUUCGCGGAUGCGCACUUCGUCAUGGAUCCCAGCCGGCCCAUGCAGAUUGGACCUUCCUUUACUCUGUCUCUUUACAUGCUCUUCCUUGGCCAUUCCCAGGCUAGGCCUGGCGCUGGCGCCCGGGAUCGUUCACUUCUAACUCCUGCCGGAUCGGAGGGUGACGUCCCUGCGGACAACCCUUAUGGUCUCGGCGAGGGUGAGAGAAAGCCAAUCUGGCAGGAGGUGAUGCACAAAUCCCGAGUACGACUUUGUCGUACGCCAGUCAACUGGGUGUUUGAUCCUACUCAGGGUUACCAGCCGAGCGGCGCGGAUGGGACGCAACCCCCUGGUUCUGUGCCUUUAUUUGAGCCGUCAGAUGGGUAUGCAUACCACUUGGAGAUCAUUGAGGACUUGGACGACGGGAGACUCCAUGAUGGCGAUGAAUUCAAGCCUAGGCCAUUUGACGACGUGACAAUGGCCGGCAUACGCGAGUCCAUCCCAAUACACCAGAUUUCCAAGAUCUUUUACACAGACACCGGGAGAAUCCUCAACAUCGGAAACAAUGACGAGAGGGACAAUAACCCGGUUCUGUUGCUAAAGAGGGACAUAAACGCCAAGUCUCCGAUCACAAUGCGGCAGGAGUGGUUCGGUGAGCCUGAGGGGGAAGAAGAGGAGCAGCAGGAAGGGGAGGCAGUGAAUGUGUCGCAGCCCGACACCGUGGACGAGUCUUCCGGCUCUGAUCAGCAGGACGAUGUAGACCGGCAGUUGUGGCAGGAAACAGAACAUGCUACCAAGUCACCAAGGAGUCAGGACGGGCAGCAGAAGAGUCAACUGCCUCCGCACUUGGACCCGGAGUGGCUGGCACUGGAGGUCUAUACAGAGGACAACAGCGAGGAUGAUGAGGAUGAAGACGAGGCCGGCCUUGAUGACCCUAGCACUCAAGGGUCUCCACGACGGGCAUUGAUUGGCAGCCCUCCCAUGGCGCGCAACAAGCUCUCGGUUGACUCGAAGCUUGUGGCACAGAUGCGGCAUAUAUCCCUUCGGGUCGGCUCCCCUCCCCUAGAGCUCGACAACCAGGCAUCGGCCGACCUCCUAAGAAGCCAGGAAGAGGCGGCAAAAUCCUACGUGAGGAGAUCUCCGUUCGGGUCGAUUGCGUCGUCACUGUCGCUGCUGGAAAUGGUGAUACGGCUCACGAGCUUGCAGGAGUUCCAGCAGACUUCCCACUUGGCCAUCCCAGAUCAUAUCCUGAUGUUCUUCUUGGAGGAGACAUCGACAACGGGGCUGCAGGGUGAGGAACAUUGGAGGAUGAGGAGGGAGGCGAAACGGCGUAUGGGGUUUGAUCCCUACAAUGAUGGCCUUGCGAGAGAGGACCAUGAGCUCAGCAGAUGA